AUGGGUCUCGUCACGUUGAAAAACCUCCUCUUCGGCCGCACCCCGCCCCCCGUCCGGUCCAAGGCCGCCAUCGCCACUAAUGAGCGCGCCGAGAGCACAAUGUCGGAUGAAACCGUUGUCGACGGCGGUGACCUCGAGAGGCAACCGCUCCUUGGGCCCGGAGCCCGGACCUCGUCGAUGGCCACCAUGGCGACGACCGCCUCGGAAACCUCAUCAACCUCGACCGUAUCUUCCGAGAGCGAGUCCCGUCGUUUCCGCUUCGACGCCCGCGUUAUCUCCGAUGCCACCAUCGGACUGUCGGAUGGCUUGACGGUGCCCUUCGCCCUCACCGCCGGCUUGUCGGCUCUGGGCCAGACCAAGGUCGUCAUCUUUGGUGGCAUGGCCGAGUUGAUUGCCGGUGCUAUAUCCAUGGGCCUUGGUGGCUACCUAGGAGCCAAGAGCGAGGCCGCCUCGUACAAGGAAACCCGUAACGAGUGCACCCGCCUGACGCGCGACGACCCGGCUCUCGCCCGCGCCCAGGUCGUCGAGGUCCUCGAGCCCUACGGCCUGCCCAAGCACACCCUCGAGGAGGUGACGGACCAUCUCUCAACGUCGCCACGCCUCAUCGACUUCCUCAUGCACUUCCAUCACUGCGAGCAGGAGCCCGCCUCGAACCGCGCCUUGGUCUCCGCCCUGACCAUCGCCGCGGGCUACCUUCUCGGCGGCCUCGUGCCGCUCUUCCCCUAUUUCUUCGUCCCCGCCGAGGACGUUUACCUCGCCCUCUACAUUUCUGUCGCCGUCAUGGCUGUCGCGCUUUUCGCCUUUGGCUAUGUCAAGACGUGCAUCGUCUCGGGCUGGUCGGGCGUGCGAUGCGUGAGGCAGGCUGUCGUCGGUGGCUUGGAGAUGGUUGUUGUCGGUGGCGCUGCGGCAGGCGCGGCGAUGGGGCUGGUGAAGGCCUUUGACCAGCUGGCGCAGUCUGAUGAUUUGUCGGCGUUGGCGAGCAAGAUAUUCUAA